AACGCGUCCUCUACAAUAGGGAGUUUAAUUUAGUAGUGGCAGUGGAUAGCGGAAGAGAGGAACAAGAAAGGGGUUUAGAAAAGCAAAAAAGAGAGUGAAUGAAACAAUGGUGCAGCAGUUGAAUGAACCUACAUCACCUUCAACACCAGGAAAAUUGAAACCAGAUAAAUCUCAUCACAUUCACCACCGUUUCAGAAUCCACUCUUCACAUUCAAGACUCACACUCUUCUCCUCUCUAUUCCUCGCAUUUAUUCUCCUCCUUUUCUUUCUAACUUUCACUCCUCCGCCGCCGCCAACCACCGCUCCCCGCCGUGUCCUCGGCGAUUCCUGGGGUGGCUCUCAAUGGGAACGUCUCGUCUCAAAAUCAGCACGCCGGAGCUCCGCCUCCGGUCACACCGUCCUCGUGACAGGCGCCGCCGGAUUCGUCGGAACUCACGUCUCCCUCGCUUUAAAGCGCCGCGGCGACGGCGUCCUCGGGUUAGACAACUUCAAUCGCUACUACGACCCUAACCUAAAACGCGCACGCCAGAAACUCCUCGAACGCGCCGGCGUUUUCGUCGUCGACGGCGACAUCAACGACGCCGCGCUUCUCAAGAAGCUCUUCGACGUGGUCCCGUUCACACACGUCAUGCACCUCGCCGCACAAGCCGGUGUUCGGUACGCUAUGCAAAACCCUGGCUCCUACGUUCACAGCAACGUCGCUGGUUUCGUGAAUCUUCUAGAAGCUUGUAAGUCGGCAAACCCUCAACCCGCCAUCGUUUGGGCUUCGUCGAGCUCCGUUUACGGUCUCAAUUCAAAAGUUCCGUUCUCGGAGAAAGACAGAACCGACCAACCGGCGAGUCUUUACGCGGCGACAAAGAAAGCCGGAGAAGAAAUCGCACACAGUUAUAACCAUAUCUACGGUCUUUCAAUCACGGCAUUACGUUUCUUCACGGUUUAUGGACCUUGGGGUAGACCUGACAUGGCGUAUUUCUUCUUCACGAAGGAUAUUUUAAAGGGGAAAACGAUAACGGUGUUUGAAUCACCAGACGGUGGAACAGUGUCUAGGGAUUUCACUUACAUUGAUGAUAUUGUUAAGGGGUGUUUGGGUGCAUUGGAUACAGCAAAGAAGAGUACUGGUAGUGGUGGAAAGAAAAAGGGUUCUGCUCAAUUUAGGGUUUUCAAUUUGGGGAAUACUUCACCUGUGCCUGUGAGUGAUCUUGUUGCAAUAUUGGAGAGGCUUUUGAAGGUUACAGCAAAGAAGAAAGUGCUUCCUAUGCCAAGAAAUGGAGAUGUUAAGUUUACUCAUGCUAAUAUUAGUUUGGCUCAUAAGGAUCUUGGUUAUAGACCUACCAUUGACUUGGAGACAGGGUUGAGGAAGUUUGUUAAGUGGUAUCUUGAGUUUUAUUCUUCUGGGUCUAAUUACAAGAAGAUUAAUAUCUGCUUCGUGGAUAUAAUGUUGGUAUUGUUGCUAAGAUAUCAAUUUGAAGUAGCCAUAAAGUGCUGCUCGCAGAUUUCCAAAGUAUACUUCAAUGUGGGCACAAAGCUUUUGUCAAGUGCAUGUGAGAGAAACUUGACAGGGAAACUGCUGCAGCCUAUAUAUAGAUGAAUUACUAGAAUAAGUGUAUCUUUAGAUUGAUGGUGAGUUUGACGAUUUGGCUGAAAUUACUGUAACGCAAUGUGAUUCUGUCAAAUGCAUCGUAAAUCCAAACAUAUACUUAGUGGUGAAAAUUGAAGUUUGGUUAUGGUUACUGGAAAUUUCACAUCAGGUAGACAACUGUUGCAUUCAUAUUCAAAGUCACUGAAGAAGCAUUUGGUUAUAUAUUAACUGCAGUGCUAAUUUUGAAAAUGUUUCUGUAGUUCACAGUUAGUACCACUUCAUUUGUCUGGUACAGAUUGAUUGGUGACAGAUGAUCUUGUUGCAACUCUUACAUCGUUGUCAGACAGGGACGGAAGAAGCUUCAUACCAAACUCAGUAAUGGCUUAACUGAUUUUUGUUCUUCAUAAGGUCAAAUGGCUUAUUGUUGAAAGAUGUAGUAAGCCAAAUAUGUAAAAUGUCACCUGUUAAUGAAUCAAACUUGUGAAACCUGAAAUUUAAUUAAUUUAAGAAAUCAGGUGAAAUUUGUACCUCAAGAUUGUUCACUUAUUAGCUA